CAAUCAAAACGUCGGGGGCGGGACUAAAAAAUGAAGCAGCGGAAGAUUCAAACUGGAAGAUGGCGGCGGCUGCAGAAAAUGAUCCCCAAAACAAUCACAAACUUAACAGAAGGGAGACAAAAUGCAGUGUGUUUAACAGCCGGGGGAAGUCAGAAGCGAGCCAGCCUGUGAUAUUUAACCCAGACUUCUUUGUGGAGCGGCUGAGACAUGAGCACCCACAGGUGUUCACGGAUUUAGUCCUGAGCAACAUAACGCGACUCAUUGACCUGCCAGGGGAGGAAUUUGCUCAGUUCACCGGAGAGUCUGAGGAGGUGCCCUCCGCCGCCAGCUUUCUGCGCUCCUUGAACUUCCUGAAACGGAAAGAUAAAGGCGUGGUUUUUGGUGCACCUUUAACUGAAGAAGGAAUAGCCCAGAUCUAUCAGCUCAUUGAAUACCUGAGUAAAAACCUUCAUGUGGAGGGUUUGUUUCGAGUGCCAGGCCACAGCCUGAGGCAGGCAGCCCUGAGGGAGAUGCUGAAUGCCGGCACAGAGAUAGAUCUAGACACAGGCGACUUCCACCCCAACGAUGCGGCCACUUUGCUCAAAGCCUACCUGGGAGAGCUGCCAGAGCCUCUGCUCACGCACAGACACUACUGUGCUCACCUGAAGAUUGGAGAGCUGACUCGUUUUGAUGAAAAGGGGGAUAAAACGAAAAUGCCUGACAAGGAACGCCAGAUUGAAGCAUAUCAGCUGCUUUUCAUGCUGCUUCCACCAGCCAACCGCACCCUCUUAAAGCUGCUGCUGGACCUGCUGUUCCAAACAGCUCGCAAUCAACACGUCAACAAGAUGUCUGCUCUCAAUCUAGCCACAAUGUUCGCUCCUCACAUCCUCUGGCCCAAAAAUGUGAUGGCAUGUGACCUGCAGGGGAACAUCGAGAAGCUGAAUAAAGAUGUAGCGUUCCUCAUCAGGCACUCCCAAAAACUGUUCAAGGCACCCCCAUACAUCAAAGAAUACACUCGCUUUUACUACACAGGAUCGAAAACUCUUCAGUCAAAGGAUGACUUGACACUCUGUACUGGGACCAAAGACACCAUGCCCGCAGUAGCAGCUGCCUCCCCGUCUCCCUCGCUGAGAACAAUGGGAGGGGAGGUCAGCAGCACCUCCAGCGCCAGGUCCUGUGAGACUCAGAGCUAUACCGAAUCGGCCCUCAGAGAGCUGUACGAGCAGGUCAACAGCAUGCCCGAGUCUGCCAAAAAGAAGAAACUCAUCAGACAGUUUGAAAAGCAGCCUUUGCUGACUCCUACAGCGGACUCUCGUACUCCAUUCAGCAGGAAACAUUGGCGCUCACGUUCUUUAGGUGGAAUUAUCAAGAGGAAAGUGUUAGGAAGCCAAUCCUCAAUAGAGAAAGAAAACAGCCGACAGCAGAGUCCUCUUCCCAGCAUUUCAGUAGAUGGCCAUGGAAGAGAAAACGCGCGCUGUGAAUGGGAUUGACCGUCAGUCACAGAACUUUCCCAACUGGAACAAUCAAAGUCUGACUUGUUACAUCAGCGGGCAAUGAUGAUCCUUUUGAUCAGACGUAAUAACUGAGCAGUAUAAGACGCUGUCUGGUUUGGUUUGACACAAUGUUCAUCUGUUUUUGUUUCUUUUCUUAAAGAGCCUUAAAGGUUUACCUUGAUAACAAAGAAAUGACCUGAAUUUCUUUGCUGUCUUGUUCGUUUAAUUUAAGCUCAUAAAGAGCAUAAAAAAUAAGGAGGAUGUUACACGCUUUAUUUUGAGCCGAUGCAAGUUCUCACUUUUCUUCUCUUUUCAUCAGCCUCAUCUUUACUCUCCAUGUUUGCUGUUCAUUCAAAAUGUUCUGCAAAAUGCAACUAACAUGGAUUCUUUUAUUUUUUAAGUCUUUUGCUGGUAUAAGCUCUGUCGUUCGACUCAAACUUGCUUUAUUUAAUUUGCAAACUUGAUUGUAUUUAUUUUUGAAGAUGCAUGUCUCCAACCUUUGGAAGCAGUGCAUUGAUGAAAUGUAGUGAGCAGACUUCUAUAUUUAAAUGAUAACUUAAUUUGGAAGUAGUAUCUUAGUGAGACUUAAUAGACUGCAGACUGUUUAAAGCUUUAAUUAGGAAAUAUGUGCCUUAACGUGAACAUAUCUGAAGUUACUGUAUUUUUUAUUUAACAUUUGCUUUUUCUUUUAGAAUACCUGAUAGCUUCUAUGAGUAUGCAGAAAUGUCUGUUCCUGUUGAAAUGGUCAGUAGAAUAAGGGAUUCAUAGAGAAGGAAGAGCCAAGGAUGGGAAUAGCAAACUGAAGGCCAGAGUUUGUGUUCUUAUAUCUCUCUCUUUUUAAUUAUUUCCACUUGAACCAAAAUCUGAGAUGUCAAAGCUGUGAUACUUUUAACUACUGAUACUUUCAACUCCAUUUUGUUUUUUGCAUCUUUAUAUUCUAGUUUUUGUUUUAAGUCCAGUUUGGAUUCUUAUGCAACAUGUAGGUUUUUUUUAUAGCUUUAAUACAUUUGUAUCUUUGAAAUUACACUGAUUUCUAAAGCAAUAUAUUUUUUAGACUUUUUAUUUUAUUUUUAUUCUAUCUUUUAAUCUUCAGUGUUUGGUUGAAUGCAAAUGAAGGAGGAUGACUUGUUUGUCUUCUGCUAUGGUUACAAUACAAGGCUUCUGGGAGAGUUUGAGCCACCGCCACUUUUUAAAAACCUCCUUGUUGUCUUAACUUUUCUGUCACAGUUUUCACUUCAGUGGUCACUCUGCAAAGCGUUCUCCGUUUAACUAUAAUGUGAUGGCUGAGGUGGUCAGCUUCAUUGACGGUCUUAAAAUGAUGAUAUUGGUGCUGCUUUGAAGCUAUGCAACUCACUGUGAUUAAAAGACAACACCUGAG